UCAUAGCAUUUGUCACGUCGGUGGCACAACACGCGCCGCUGUGAUCCAAAGAACGUCUGACGGCGUCGAGUUGGGCCGAAUAAUAUAAAAGAAAGAGUUUCUCUCCAGACUAAAAAGUUGUGUGCGCGAGCAUCUUCAACGUUUAAUCGGAUCUUCCCCAAGUGUUGCUGAAUCAGCUGUGAAGGGAUGGCCAAUCGCAAGCAGAGGGGGCUGACGGCCACGGACGAGUUCCCGGAUCUCAGUCAGCAUAAGAACCACAUGGCCAAGUUUCUGACUCAGGACAUGUACGCCACGAUGAAGGAGAGGUCCACCCGCAGCGGCUUCACCAUCGACGGCGUCAUUCAGACCGGCGUGGACAAUCCUGGCCACCCCUACAUCAUGACGGUGGGUUGCGUGGCGGGAGACGAGGAGUCCUACGAGGUCUACAAAGAGCUUUUUGACCUCGUGAUUGAGGAUCGACACGGCGGAUACAAGGCCACAGACACGCACAAGACUGACCUCAAUCCGGGGAAUCUGGUGGGCGGCGACGACCUGGACCCCAACUACGUUCUUAGCUCCCGUGUCCGAACAGGCCGCAGCAUCCGCGGCUUCUGCCUGCCGCCACACUGCACCAGAGGAGAGAGGCGCGCUUUGGAGAAGCUCUCCAUCGAAGCUCUGGGCGCUCUGACCGGAGACCUUACUGGCACGUACUACGCCUUGAAGAACAUGUCGGAGGAGGAGCAGCAGCAGCUGAUCGACGACCACUUCCUGUUUGACAAACCCGUGUCCCCUCUGCUGCUGGCCUCCAGGAUGGCCCGCGACUGGCCCGACGGCAGAGGCAUCUGGCACAACGAGAGCAAGACCUUUCUGGUGUGGGUGAACGAGGAGGACCAUCUGCGCGUCAUCUCAAUGCAGAAAGGAGGCAACAUAAAGGAAGUGUUCACCCGCUUCUGCACUGGAUUGGCAGAGAUCGAAGCCAGAUUCAAGGAGAAAGGCCGCGUCUUCAUGUGGAACGAGCAUCUGGGCUACAUCCUGACCUGCCCCUCCAACCUGGGCACCGGCCUGCGUGCCGGCGUACACGUAAAGCUGCCGAACCUGGCCAAGCACGCCGAUUUUGAGGAGAUUCUCAAGAGGCUGCGUCUCCAAAAACGCGGAACUGGUGGCGUGGACACCGAUGCCGUGGACGGAGUGUUUGACAUCUCCAACGCGGACCGACUGGGAUUCUCCGAGGUGGAGCUUGUGCAGAUGGUGGUGGACGGCGUCAAGCUGCUGGUGGACAUGGAGAAGAAUUUGGAGAAGGAGGAGGGCAUUGAUGAUCUGAUGCCCAACCAGAAGUAGAACCCUCCCACCCAAAUCUUUUCUGUCCCCCAUUUCCUAUGAUUACUAUCCUCUAUGCAGUUUCUGCUCAUAUGUACUGCUAAAUAAUGUGCGUAAGGUUGGGAUGGACUUCAAAUAAAGUAAUGAUGAAAACUUUA